GGCAAGCUCCUUGUCUCAAACCUUGACUUCGGUGUCUCUGACGCUGAUAUCCAGGAGUUGUUUGCGGAAUUUGGUACAUUGAAGAAAGCGGCUGUGCACUAUGACCGGUCUGGCCGCAGCCAGGGAACCGCUGACGUCCACUUUGAGAGGAGGGCUGAUGCACUCAAAGCCAUGAAACAGUACAACAAUGUACCACUCGAUGGUCGCGCCAUGAGCAUUCAGCACGUCACGUCACAAAUCAGAGACGAUAACCAGAGACGACCUUCACAGAGUUCAAAUGGAGGCGGUGGUGGAUUCAACAGAGACAGAAUCGGACGCCCCAAUUUCUCAGAAAGGCGUGGAGGCGGAGACAGGCGGGGAGGCAGAGGCUCCAGGGGCAGGGGUAGAGGCGGACGUGGUGGUGGAGGCAAACCGCAGCAGUUGUCUGCUGAAGAGCUGGAUGCCCAGUUGGAUGCUUACAAUGCCAAGAUGGAGACCAGUUAGAAUUCCCAGAAGCACUCGUUUGAAUCCCUCACCUCAUCCCUACCCAUCUUCAUCCUCUGUCGCAUCUGAACCUUGUUGUUGACUUGGACCUGAGAAAUGGACCAGAUCUUUUACUUACUGUUCUUCGGCAUCAUUUUAAUGUGUGGAUGGAUCUUGCUUUUCUCCCUUUUUAAUAUUAUGAACACUUUUUGUACCAUUUUAUUUUUGGGAUGAUUGUAGGUUUUUGAGGGGGAGUUUUUUGUUGCCCUUUGCCUCCCCUUCUACUUGUGCAUAGUUGUAAUAAACCUACAAAACAAACUGUUCCGGUG